GUUCCAAUAUCAGAUGGGCAUGGGCUUCAAUAAAAGCCAGAAGCAAGCCUGUCUGUGCUUGUGAAAACCUGGGAUCAAGCUCCUUCGUCUUCUCCUAAUUUUUCAUAAAACAUAAAGGAAAUCAACAAUAUGCAAAAUCUAAAAAUCGCAUAAUCUUGUCUGCCCGCAGCGACAUGUCAGCCUGUUGAUGCUGUUGUGCUACAGGGAAUUUAACAAAUAAUGGCAAAAAGAAAGCUUUGGUUGUAUCAGGGAAACAGCACCGCGUUUCGUAUACCCAAACGACCAUGUUUCUGCUGGGUUUCGGUGAUUUGCAUGCUGUGUUUGCUGACACGGACUGCCUUUGGGUGCUCACCUUCCUGCGACUGCUUUGAAAAUGUUAGCACUGUCACCUGUCUUGACAUGAACCUCAGUACGGUACCAAAGGACAUGCCCAUAUGGGUUGAAACUUUGAAGGUGAGUGGAAAUAAUAUUACAACUUUAACAAGAGGCGCCUUUGCAACAAACGGGACGUCGCUACAACUUCUUGCCACUCUUUUGCUUUCUGGUAACAAGAUUCAGUUUAUUGAAGCGUUCGCAUUUGAAUGUUUGCCCAGUCUCAAAACACUGGAUUUAAGCAGCAACCGGUUACUUAACAUAUCCGACGAUGCUUUUUGGGGGCUACACAAACUGAAUGUUUUAAGUUUGAAUACAUCUUUGUCAUAUUCUGUUGGAAAACAGAUGAUUAAUACUCGCAGCAUUGGACGUUUGAGCAGUCUGACAAGGCUGGAGCUGUCAGGUAAUAAAAUGUCGAGUCUCCCUGUCAAACUGUUUGCCUCGCAGAAUCUUAAAACACUCGAUCUGACCAAUAACUCCCUUAAGACUGUGGAAGCCGAGAUAAUUUUAAAAUGGUCGCAACAUGAGAAAAUUCAAGUUUACUUACAGUUUAAUCCUUUUAUGUGCGACUGCAGCCUGGAAAGUUUAUAUUCAUGGCUAGCUAACACAACCCAGGUACCAGAUGCCGCUCACCUCAGGUGUUUUGGUCCUGAGCGCCUAAACGGAACGCUGGUUUUGAAACUCAAAACGGAGGAUCUGGAGUGUGGAAAUGCGGAUUUGGAAACGGUGUCCUAUGUAUUGCUUGGUAUUGUAUUAGCGCUGGUCGGGGUCAUUUUCCUCAUGGUCUUGUAUUUGAAUAGAAAAGGUAUUAAAAGAUGGUUGAACAACAUCAGAGAAGCUUGUCGUGACCAAAUGGAUGUAUAUCAUUACAGAUACGAACUUGAUGCCGACCCUAGACUUGCCAAUGUUGCUGCAUAAUCAAUUACUGUAAAUGUGUGUGUGUGUGUGUGUGUGUGUGUGUG